ACCGGCCUGACGUCAACCAUAGAGAUGAAAGGACUUCCCUCCGCCGCUGCGCUGUCCCGCCUCAUUUCUCGGCUUGGAACAUGGCUGCCCUAGCAACGCCGGCGCUUGAGGGGUGGGCCAGGUACCAACAGAAUGGCAGCUGUUUUAGUGCUCCAGAUGCUCUUCAACAUUUUCAGAGCUGGAAGACCAAAACUGAUCAAGUUAAGAAAAUUGAAUUUAUAAAAACAGGCAAUAAACUAAAAAAUCAACUUGUGAACCUUGAAAAGGAUAAGAAUGUUCUUCUUUUCAAUAAGAAGAGUGAUUUUAGGAUGGAAUAUUGCAUACUGGAAGAACUGGAACACAAAUUGACUAAAAACCGGAAAACAGAAAAAGCAAAAAUACAACAAAAACUGACCAGAAUCCAUAGUACUGUUAAGGGACUUCAGCGACAGCUAAAAGAUGUGAAACCAACUCCAGAAUUUGUUGACAAGCUUAGAGAAAUGAUGGAAGAAUCUGAAACAGCAAUAAGUUCUUUUAAAGAAGAGCAGCGACAAAUUUAUGAUGAACUUCUAAGAGAGGAGAAGGCUGCUACAAAUGAGAUCAGUGCCUUGGAAAGAAAAAUCGAGAUGUGGGCUGUAGGAACUUCAGCUGCAAGAAUUUUCAAGCAAUGUGUAUUUCCAGUACAUAAGGAAGUCCAAAAUCAACUUCCUGAAGAAGUCCUUGAGCUUGAAAAAUUUCUUCAGCAAACUGGAGGAAGGCAAGGAGGUUGGGAUGAAUGUGAUCAUCAAAUCUUCCUAAAAAUUAGGAGAAAACAUAAAGGGAAACCGUCAUACAUCACUGAAACCCUUGAGUUCCUCCCUGAUAGAACAAAGGAAGACAUUCAAUCACAUGAGAAAUGGCAUCAAGAAUUUCUAAUGUUAGAGUCACAUAAAAAGGAGGCCAUUAAAAAAUGGAAGAUGAAGAAACAAGAAGAAAAAGGUACAAUCUUAGUCCAGAAAGAAAAUCCUGAGGAAGUGCUCACUGAUAUUCACUGUCAGCGUGAAGCUCAGAAGCAGAAAACUGAAGAGGAAAGGAAAAAAAGAUUAGCAGAGCUUGAAGCAUGGAAGAAAGAUAAAGCACUUGCAACUGCAGCAAAACAGGAAGUUCAGUUAAAAGAGGAAGAAGAGAAGGAGAAAAAAAAGCAGAGAGAACGUCAGCGGCAGCUUCAAACGAAGUUAUUGUUGGAAGAUUAUAGUAGAGAGAAAAAGGAACAGGAAGAGCUGCUGAGACUUGAAAAAGAAAAGAGAGAGGAAGCUGACAGGGAAGAGAGGAAAAGAACUGCAGCAGAAGAAAUUGUUAAAUUCCAGGAACGAGAUCUGCAUAAACUUGAGCUGAAGUUUCUAGAAAGGCAGGCAAAGGAAGAUGAAAAGAUUGAAAAAGAAAAAAGAUUGUCUAAGCUGAGAAAGAAGGUUCACAUUAAUGUAACUCGGGAUCCAUGCAGGUUAUUCAGACCUACAAAAGUUUGGGAAGAACGAACAAAAGAGAUUGGACCUAUAGGUACAGGGCCAGUGUUGUAUAUUCCUCAUAGGGCUGUCCCAAGCUGGCGACAGGGAUUAUAACUGGACAUCUGCAAAUAAUUUAUUUGAAGAUAAUACAACAUUAUUAUUAGUUUGUAUUAUAUGUGAGAAAUAUUGUAAAUGUACAUAUGUUAUGUUAAAUAAAAAUCAAGUAUAUUGUUUCAUUGUAAAAUACUUGCAAAAGUUUUUUUUUGUUUGAAUUUUUUUCUCUAGAACCCGGGUUUAGCAAGUGACCUCUUUCUGUAAAGUUCAAAAAAAGUGAAUGUAUUGUUUUCUAUGUACUUUCACUGUU